AUGGGAGGGGCCCAGGAGGGGUCGUCUCGCGCCUUGACCACAGCAGCAGCAGCAACAGAAGCAAGUGCCAACACAGAUGCAGCAGCAACUGCAGCAGCAGCCGCAGCAAGAAGCAUCUUGGCAGGCACCGUCAGGCCGGGCCCCCCGAAGGGUCCUGCAGCUGCAGCAGCAGCAGCGCAUGCAUCUUGGGACUUAGGCUUCGCCGAGUCAGACGCGCUGCUGCCUUUGCUGCUGCAGCUGGGAGCAGCAGGUCCAGCCCCAGCAGCAGCAGCAGCAGCAACAGCAGCAACAGCAGCAGCAGCUCCGCAGCAGGCGCUGGAGCAGCUAGACAGCCUGUCGCUGCAGGAGCGGUGGGAAGUAUUUGCUGCUGCUCCUCUGUGCGGCGUGCUGCUGCCUCCCUCUUUGCUGCAGCAGCAGCUGCUGCUGCUCGUGCAGCAGCAGCAGCAAGAAAACCUGCGGGGCCCGCAGCUGUCUGAAAGCCUCCGCUGUGCUGCAUUGGCUCUGGCACUGGGGAACUCUGGCUGCCUUGCAGCAGCAGCAGCAGACAUUGCAGCAGCAGCAGCAGCAGCAGCAGAAACAUUUCAUCAGUUGCUGCGGGAGGUGCUAAAGGAAGCAGCAGGCCCCGUGCCCUUCAGCGGCAGCUCCGCUGCAGCUGCUGCCCUCUCUGUGGCAGCAGCAGCAGCAGCAAAGCCAGCAGCGGCAGCACUAGAAGCUGCAGCAACGCAACCUGCUGCUGCUGCUGCUGCUGCGGAUUCAUUUGAUGCUGCAGUGUCUCUCUUUUCGAAAUUGGGAGACAUCUGCAGCAGCGACGAGCUGUCGCUUUCGUUUGACUGUUUGCUGCUGCUGCGGAUUGGCCUAGAGCUCCUCAGCUGCAGCAGCAGCAGCAGCAGCAGCAGCUUGGCGUGUGAAGGCAGCAGCGACUUGUGGCUGCAGCAGCUGCCAGGCAUUG